UAGCUUGCUUUUUUGGCUUUGCAGCAUGUUUUUUUAUUUAUUUUUUUUUUUAGAAAAAUCUCACCCAGUUUCAACUCUUGUUCUUCUUUUCCCGCAUACUCCGACAGCCAGUCCACCUUAAAAGAACCGUUUUUUUGUUGUUUUUUUUUACUUUAGCUUGGUAAGAGGAUGUUGGACUGCCCGUUCGUUUCGCCAUAAUAUGGGGUUAGCAAGCAACAUUUAGCUCUUAACUCCUGCUGCAUUUGCUGUACGCUCACCUGCAAAACAGCGGCAUGUACUACGUAACGCGCUGUUUAUGAAUUGACUGUCUGCAUAACUAAAUAUGUAACAACAGGAUGCAUCCUGUUGACAAUGAUGACAGGUCAUCAUUGGCUGGACAGCUUGUUCAUCACUGUGUUAUAUGAUGCUACCGCUUGUUGUCGCCUGUCGCUCACUGACGUGCAUUUAAAAGUGAUACCGAAUAAAUUGUUAUGUGUUUAUUUCAUUUACAGUACAGGAAAGAUUUGCGGUGCGCAGAGAACGCGAGAGCAGUGCGCACACGCGCAGUUUAGAGGGAACAUUGGACGUAACUAUGACACCCAUUUUAUGAUACUAGGUGGUUUUACAAAGUAAACAAUUGGUAAAGGAUAGUAACAAGAGAAGACCGGAGAGACAGCUGUUGAGGUGUGAAAUCAAACUCAAGAAAAUCUACUGGAGUUGAUUUUCCUGCGAUCUUCUCGGCCUUUUCAAGUUCAGGCUGGUGAAAGUCCUAAAGAACUUAGCAAGCAUCUUUAACACCAACGAAGUCAGUCAAGCCGGACGUGUUCGGACAAAGCAGGGAACAGGAGUUGACAAAUGACUACGCCUCUGCAGCAGGAUCGACAGUGACAUGUGCGCAGCCGUGUACCCCACUUGAGCGAGGCCAGCCGCAGCAUCCACAGACAGGACCAGCACCGGCUUUGUUUCCAGGCUUGAGAGAGGAGGGAAUGACUGAGGAGAGCCGCAGGGCAUGGAGACACGACACAGACCAACGAUGGUCGUCAGAGGGCUCUGGGUAUGUAUUCCUCGGUGCGGGAAACGAAGUAGCCGCUCUGGCCGGUUGUCGGUCUUUUGCGCGGCCACCAUAAGCGCCGCUGUCAUCGCAUUGCUCAUUGUAGACGUCAUCGAGUCCUGGAUCACGUCCAUGGGCAUGAACGCCAUGCUGGAGCCGCAUGCUGGUAUUUUUCCCCCGCAGAGCGUCCCUCCCACCAGACCCGAUGAGUUCCUGCUCAUGCCCAGUCCUCUGGUGUGCCAGCGAGCCAAGCCUUAUCUCAUCACCAUGGUUACCACCGCUCCUCCUAACCAGAGGGCACGCCAAGCCAUCAGGGACACAUGGGGUGGGGAGACCAAUGUGAGGGGACUAAGGGUCAUGACCCUCUUCAUGCUAGGUGUGCCAUCUGACAUGGGACUGGCCAAGCUGCUUGUUGAGGAGGCCAGGGAGCGAGGAGACCUGAUUCAGGGGAGUUUCCUGGACACCUACUCCAACCUGACACUGAAGACAUUAUCCAUGCAGAGCUGGGUCCGCCGCUUCUGCUCCCAGGCUCAUUUUAUGGCCAAAGUGGACGACGACGUCAUGUUCAAUCCUAGUGCCCUGCUGCACCUCCUGAAUAAAAGCCAUAGCCCUUACGAACAAGUAGACUUGUACCUAGGCAGGGUGCAUCUACACGUGGCCCCAAACCGUGACCCGGAGAGCAAGCAGUACCUCCCUAAGGGGGCAUACCCGCUGUCCGUUUUUCCAGACUACUGCAGUGGUACUGCCUAUGUUCUGUCCCGCUCCGCAUUGCUCAAAAUAUCAUUAGCUGCCACUUCAUCACCUCUAUCUACACCUCUUCCCCCUGAAGAUGUAUUUGUAGGUCUGUGCGCCCGGGCAGCUGGGAUAUUGCCCACACACUGCCCCCUGUUCUCUGGCGGUCCCGGUGUGCCGUAUGGGCGUUGCUGUUACCAGGCCAUGGUGUCUGUGCACCAUGUCCCACCUAGAGAUAUGCUGCACUACUGGGCUGACAUUCACUCAUCACCACCCUGCCCUUGGCUGAGCAUGCGAGUGUCACUGAGCUUGUGCAAAGUCAGGGCGCUGCUGGGCUCAGCUCUCGGCCUGUUGUGACUGGAUCUUAUUGGGGGCUGUGCUUCAGUUCUAUACUAAACAGCACAUACUAUUCAGAGGGUAAAAUUUGUAUUUUUUUUAUAAGAUGCAUUUUUUGAGGCUCACAAACCACUCUGCAGAAAAGGGACACUUCACUGGAAACUUGGAAAUGCGAUCCCAGCAUCUUUCAUCUUUGCACUGGCACACAAUGUUACCAUGUAUAUUGUUAACAAUAAGUAACAAAAGACUGUGACCAUUACAAUAUGAAUACUAUUGAGUGAGUAACAUUGAUUACCUUGUUCAAUCGGCAAUGCUGAUAUAAUAGAGGGAACGUUUGAACAACUUUGAUUAUGAAGGCUAAAGAACACAUUUGAUUAAAAAUUGUGACAGUUAGGAAAACUGUAUUAGCAGGUCACACAACCCCCAACAACAAGCAAUGGCACACAAUGUUAAUAUAUUUGGCUUUAAUGGCUUCUCCAUAGAAUUAUCACACCCCUGUAGGCUGCAUGCCUUCGUAUUUGUAACACAUGUACUGCACCGUACUUGAUCUCAACUGGAAGUGUAGACUUUUAAAUCACUGGUAUAGUCUAUUAGUAUUUCUCAUACAGAAUGUUUCCUGGACAAGCAAAAUGUGACCAUACAGUAUGUCUGCAAAUAAUUCUGUUAAUAAAUGUUUACAGUGCAAUCUGUAUCAAAUAUAUACAAGUAUAGUACUUCUGAUGAAAUUCAAAGUUAAAAGAGCAAACCUGUUAGUUUAGAAGCAGUAGGCAACUGAAAUAACAGUAAAAAGGUGUGCUCCAUGCCCUCCUGUCCUACUCUAAGCAGUAUUUAUAAUGUGUUUUAUGGCAAGAGUAAACAUUAGCUCAGCGUUGCAUUGAUAAGGUGAGGUUCACAAAUCUUACAAUAUAGUUGAACCAAAGCAGCUUUGCUGCAUAACAAAGAGAACAAUGUGUUUACACUCAGGAAAUAUGAUGAAUGGAAUGCAGUCAGUCAAUAAACAUUUACUGUAGAUCUUUUCGUUUCC